AUGGCGGCGUCUGCGGCGGCACUGCGGCACCUGGCGCCGCUGGGCGCCCGCCUCGCCCCGCAAGGCCGCGCCGCCGGGAGGCUGCUCCAGCAGCGCAGGGGGAUCCGCCUCUCCGCGCCCGCCGCCAUACAGGUGACGGUGCGGGACGCGCUGAACCAGGCGCUGGAUGAGGAGCUGGAGCGGGACGAGCGCGUCUUUCUGCUGGGCGAGGAGGUGGCCCAGUACGAUGGCGCCUACAAGAUCUCCAGGGGUCUCUGGAAGAAGUACGGGGACAAGAGGGUGAUCGACACCCCGAUAUCAGAGAUGGGUUUCACAGGAAUCGCUGUUGGUGCUGCUAUGGCAGGGUUGAGACCAGUGUGUGAAUUCAUGACAUUCAACUUUUCCAUGCAAGCAAUUGAUCAGGUUAUAAACUCCGCUGCCAAGACCUGUUACAUGUCUGCAGGAUCAAUCGCUGUUCCCAUUGUCUUCCGGGGCCCCAACGGGGCAUCAGCUGGAGUCGCCGCUCAGCACUCACAGUGCUUUGCUGCUUGGUACGGGCACUGCCCGGGACUGAAAGUUGUUAGUCCUUGGAGCUCAGAAGAUGCCAAAGGUCUGCUGAAAGCAUCGAUCCGGGAUGAUAAUCCAGUUGUGAUGCUGGAAAAUGAAUUACUGUAUGGUGUUCCCUUCGAAAUGUCUGAACAGGCACAGUCAAAGGAUUUUCUUGUUCCAAUUGGAAAAGCUAAAAUAGAAAGGCAAGGAACUCAUGUUACAUUAGUGUCACACUCAAGACCUGUUGGACACUGUUUGGAAGCAGCUGCUGUACUUGCCAAGGAAGGUGUAGAGUGUGAGGUUAUAAAUCUGCGUACCAUUCGACCAAUGGAUAUUGAAACAGUGGAAGCCAGCGUUGUAAAGACAAACCAUCUUGUAACUGUAGAAGGAGGCUGGCCGCAAUUUGGAGUAGGAGCUGAAAUCUGUGCCAGGAUCAUGGAAGGAUCUGCCUUUAACUACUUGGAUGCUCCAGCUGUGCGUGUUACCGGUGCAGAUGUUCCUAUGCCUUACGCAAAAAUUCUAGAAGAUAACUGCAUACCUCAAGUGAAGGAUAUAAUAUUUGCAGUGAAGAAAACUUUGAAUAUCUAAGUUGUAAAUACAUGUUUUAAAGUCCUCCUUUACAAAGUAUUAAUGGUAUAGGGCAAGUUGUAUGCAUAACUUUUGUUGUAUAGCUACAUGAACUUUUGUACAGUGGGGAAAGUACAGUGACCUCCCAGAAUAUUUAUAUGGGGUUACCUUCUAAGCCACACUUCAUAUAAGCAACAAUGUGUUAAUGUUUGUUUGUUCAACAGUACAGGUGGGUUAGUGCUACUAUAGGUAGAGAAAUCCUAUUCUAAAUUCAGAGUGAGGAAAGAGUCCUCCAUUUCUGCUUGGCUUGUAAUUACCAGACUAGCUGCGUUAAACGGGCUGUAGUGGAGGUUGAGUGAAGAACUGCAGUGAGCAAAAGCGGGCCCUGACUCCAGCCCUGGAAUGCUGUACAGCUCUCUAGGAGCCGAUGGUCGCAAGGCUUAUUAAAGGUGAACGAUCAAACUGGAGUGAGUGAAGCCUUGCUUUUCAGUUCAACAGUUAAGUGCAACUAUCUGCACAAAGUGGCUUUGGAAGCCUGCAGUACGGGUUAAGAGAUGGCUAACAUAUUUAGUUGACGAGCACUCCGCUCAUGCAGGAAAGCUUCUGCACAAGAGCUUAAAUAAAGAUCCUGAUCCUCUUCAGUAUGUGAUGGAAAACACUACCUAAUUUUUCUUCACUACACUUUUCUAUCACAUACAGUGAUAAAAUACUUGCUCAGAUGCUUUGCUUUAUGUAUUAUUUUUUUAAACUCAUCACAUGGGCUAACAACAGCAUGCUCAAACUACAGUUCUUACCAUGCAAAAUAAAUUAAUUAUUUUAUUCAGACGCACUGAGCCUGGGUCUGAAGCAGCAGUUGCGUAGAUUGUGGUUGAAGAGCUGGGCAACAGUCGCAGCAGCCUUUCGGCAGAUCACCACAUACAGAGGUUUAGCUAAGGGGCUCUUCCUGGCAGGCAGGGAGAGCUCUGCUAGGCUUUGUUCAGCAGCUUCUGGUACAGAGUGAAAGCUGCCUAUAGGAGUCUGUGCAGUGUGGCUUGCUCUAUUCCCUGGGUCAGCUGCCUUUACACUGAACUGUUGGAGAGGAGAUAACUUACCUCUGUAAGCAGACAGAAGAGCUCGGGUCCUAUUUCAGUUCAGGGCCAGGAAUACUUUCAGGGUAUCUAUCUCCUUUAGCAGAAGUGCUAUUAGGCUUUUAGGAAGUCUGGCUUGCAGGUGCAAUCCUAGCUGAAUAUACCCACCACCACGCUGCUGAAGGAAUUCCAUUAACAUUUUAAUAAAAAUGACUGAAUAUCACAGGUUACAUGAAACUUUGUACAGACAUUCUCUGCAUAGUAACACACACUGAUGUACUUGAAUUUAAAAAAUGGAUUAUCUAUAAUCCUUUAAAGUGCAAUUUGUUUAAGGUUUUAAAUCAAAAAGGAUCUUUCAAUAAAGUUUAAGCUGUAGAAUUAA